GUGACAAAAUAAAUCAUGCCUCUAUGAUGAUUCCUCGGACGGUGCGUGACGUUACAGGAGUAACGUUAAAUCCUGACAGAUCCUGAGGAAUUCCAGCUCGAGUGUCCCCUGAAUUGUAUUUGGAAACUCCUCCACCAUUCCUUGUUGCAUUCUUUGACUCAACAAGGCCCCGGAAGUGGGGCUGUGUCAGUGGCCAACGGGUGGUUAGCAGCUGGCAACCGGCUCCUCCACUUACUCAGCAGCAAAAAAAGAGCAUCAUGGAGGUAGGUAUGAGAGUGGUGCGUGGCAUUGACUGGAAGUGGGGCAACCAGGACGAAGGUGAAGGACAUGUUGGAACUGUAGUGGAGAUCGGUCGACAAGGGAGUACAACAACACCUGACAAGACAGUUGUUGUGCAGUGGGACAACGGGACCCGCACCAACUAUCGCACAGGUUACCAAGGUUCCUUCGAUCUGCUGCUUUAUGACAAUGCACAGAUAGGGGUACGACAUUCCAACAUCAUCUGUGACGGCUGCAAGAAACAUGGGAUUAUGGGUAUGCGAUGGAAGUGCAAAGUAUGCUACGACUAUGACUUGUGCACACAAUGCUAUAUGAACAGCAAACACGACCUUGCCCACCCCUUUGAGCGAUAUGAGACUGCACACUCUCAACCAGUGAGUCUAGCACCAAGACAAAAUCUGUCAAGGAUUAUCCUUAAAGGCAUCUUUCAAGGAGUGAAGGUUGUUCGUGGACCUGACUGGGACUGGGGAAAUCAAGAUGGAGGAGAGGGGAAGAUUGGCAAGGUGGUGGACAUCCGUGGGUGGGACACAGAGUCUGGUCGUAGCGUAGCCAGUGUCACUUGGUCCAAUGGUACCACCAAUGUGUACCGGAUGGGCCACAAGGGCAAAGUGGACCUAAAGUACGUCUCUGAUGUUCAGGGUGGAUUCUACUACAAAGAGCACCUUCCAAAUCUAGGUGAACAUGCAGAAUUACAAAGGCAGGAGAGUACAGAUGGGCAUGUCUUCCAGCAAGGAGACAAAGUCAAAUGUCUCCUGGAAGUGGACAUCCUUAAACAAAUGCAGGAAGGACAUGGAGGGUGGAACCCCAAAAUGGCAGAGUACAUUAGCAGAAUCGGAACCAUCCACAGGAUCACAGAAAGGGGUGAUGUCCGUGUGCAGUAUACCAAUAAUAUUCGCUGGACAUAUCACCCUGGGGCUCUUACCAAGGUGAACACAUUUGGUGUGGGUGAGCUGGUACGAGUGUUGGAGGACGUUGAGAGCGUUAAGAGACUCCAGAUUGGCCAUGGUGAAUGGACGGACAGCAUGGCAUCUGCCCUUGGGCAGGUGGGUAAGGUGUUGAAGGUAUAUGCUGAUGGUGACCUGCGUGUGGCAUUUGGCAGCCAAACAUGGACAUUUAAUCCAGCAUGCAUUUGUGCCCAGCCUGUGGAAGUAAACGCCAAUUUGAUGACACCUGAGAACCCGAGUCAGUCAGGAUGUGGUGUAAGCUCUGUUCUAGAGAAACUGCUUUCCCAGUCUACAGAGCAAGACAACCCCAGCAGGCUUGUUAUUGAGGCUGCACGAGGCAGUGCCACCAAAGUACAAGAGCUAGUUCAAAAAUUCUCAGACAAGGUUGAUAUACAGAACCAGGGAAAGACAGCACUGCAGGUGGCUGCCCAUCAGGGACACAUAGAGGUGGUGAAGGUCCUGCUGCAGGCCAACAGUGACAUUGAGCUGAAAGAUGAUGAUGGAGAUGCUGCUCUACAUUACACAGCCUUUGGGAACCAGGUGGAGGUUGCAAGGUUGUUGUUGAGUAAAGAGGCCAAUGUAAAUCUUCUGAAUAACUCCAUGUGUACCGCCCUCCACAUUGCUGUCAACAAAGGUUUCACAGAAGUGGUCCAUGUUCUAACUGAACAUUCAGCGGAUGUCAACCUUCAGGAUUCUUAUGGAGACACCCCACUUCAUGAUGCCAUUGCUAAAGACUUCCAGCAUAUUAUUGAGAUCCUAACAUCCGUACCUAGUAUUGACUUCACUCUUCAGAAUAAUCGUGGUUUCAACUUGCUGCAUCAUGCUGCUUUGAAAGGCAACAAGCUUGCAACAAAGACUAUACUAGAAAGGGCACGUCAACUAGUUGAUGUGAAGAAGGACGAUGGCUUCUCAGCAUUGCAUUUGGCUGCCCUUAACAACCAUUAUGAUGUUGCUAAGAUUCUCAUCAAAGAGGGCCGCUGUGAUAUCAACAUCUGUAACAACCGCCACCAGACACCACUACAGCUUGCAGUCACCCAAGGUCAUGUUGAGCUAAUACAACUGCUGGUGACAGAGGGGGCAAACGUGAACAUGGAGGAUGAAGAUGGUGACACUUCCAUGCACGUAGCUCUUAGCCGAGAGACAUUGGCAAAUGUCAUGGUUGCCACAGAUGGAGAGGGAUCCUCCUUGUACAGCCUGCUAAGCAGAUCUGGACUGAUGGGUAACACAGACCUGAAUCUGGGCACUGCCAUUGCCUGCUUCUUGGCACAAGAGGGGGCUGACAUUAAUUAUGCCAACCACAAGGGCAAGAGUCCAUUCGACCUGCUCACCAAUUCCACUCUUCAGCAACUCAUCAAAAGCUUUUCUGAGAAACACAGGUUGCAGCAGCUCCAGGCAGUUACAUGUGGUACAAGUGGCAGCAGUAGCAGCUUGAGAAGAGUUCACACCACACCUAAUACAAUGACGAACUUGGCCAUGCCCUGUGCUCCUGGCCCAAGUGAAUGCCUCAUCUGUUCUGAACUGGCACUGCUUGUUCUUUUCUCCCCAUGCCAGCACAGUGUGGCCUGUGAAGAAUGUGCUCAUCGGAUGAAGAAAUGCAUCAAAUGCCAGGUCACCAUCACAAAGAAAAUACGUCAAGACCAGACAGAAGUGGACUUCAGUCCAGGCUCUGAGAGCUCUGAGCAGCACAACCUGCUGGAGCAGCUGCAGUCACGCUAUCGGCAGAUGGAGGAGCGUAUCACCUGCCCCAUUUGUAUUGAUAGCCACAUUCGCCUUGUCUUCCAGUGUGGCCAUGCCUCCUGCAUUGACUGCAGUGCCGCACUGAAAACUUGUCCUAUCUGCCGACAGACCAUCCGGGAACGCAUCCAGUUAUUUGUAUGACUAUACUAUGACUGUGCUGUCUGUUCAGUAUUGGUUGUACAUUUCUCCUGUUUGCUUAUUGCCGUAGAUAUUGUGACAAUACAUAUUGACUGGUUUUCACAUUGUGAUGAAGUCAAACAUCUGCUUUUGCCAUAGUCAGAUAUUAAAAUUAUAGUGGAAGAGUAGGUGUAGGAGAUAAUGUACAAUACACCUCAUCACUCCUCCCUACGUGUUAUGUUGCAAUGCUUCUCUGUGAGUUUAUCAUGGAAUCCCAACCAUUACUGUUGUUGUUUCUGUGGCAUAGCAGGAACACGUGUUCUGAUGUGGCUCUCUAAACAUGUCACAUAAAGGUUAUAUGCUACUUAAACAUGCCUCUCAUGAAGGCUGAUUAAUUUGGCUCUAUAUUUGCUGUACUCUUACCAUAAAAUGGACUCCCAUCUUCACAUGAAACUUUUUCCAUGAGAAGUU